GUUGGUGAGGACGAUGGGGGAAAACUUUUUACUCCUGAAGAAUAUGAAGAAUACAAGAGAAAAGUUUUACCUCUGCGCUUGCAGAACAGGUUGUUUGUGAGCUGGCGGUCACCCACGGGAAUGGAUUGUAAACUUGUGGGCCCAGAGACACUGUGUUUUUGUACACAUAGGUAUAAACAACAUAAAACUGACUUUGAGGCGAUUCCUCAGCAGCGCCCCAUCAAUCUGCCUUGCCGCGUGACUGGCUGCCAGUGCAGGGCCUACCUUUAUGUCCCUCUGAAUGGCACCCAGCCUGUUCGCUGCAGGUGCAAACACUUUGCUGAUCAGCACAGCUCUGCACCUGGCUUUGCAUGCAAUGCAUGUUCCAAGUGUUCAGGAUUCCAUAGCUGCUUCACUUGUGCUUGUGGUCAGCCUGCAUUUGCUCAUGACACAGUAGUGGAAACUAAGCAAGAAAGACGGGCACAAGGGAAGCCAGUGGGACAGGAUGUUCCAUAUGCAGCAAUGGGAGGAUUAACUGGUUUCAGCUCAUUGGCAGAAGGCUACAUGCGGUUAGAUGACAGUGGAAUUGGUGCACCUUCAGUUGAAUUUUUAGAGUCUCCCAUUACGGCCAUGGAUCACCCAUUUCUAAAAGCAUCUCAAGCAUCAUCUAGCUCUUCUCCAGAAGCAUUGACAGAUGGUAAUGAAAUUAAAUUUUGAACUAUUUUUGAAUGUAGUAAAUAAGAACACAGAGCACUGAGUUCUUUUCUAGGCUUUUCUCUUCUAUUAUUAUCACAAUUUAACUUCAAGUGAAUCUUUCAUUUUACUUUCUUUUAUAUUGGCCACACACCGAGAAAAAGCAAAGCAACUUCGUUAUGUGUUGGGAGAAAAAUAGCUAAAUCUGCAAAUUUUGAGGAUUCCGAUAAUACUAUAAUUUGAAGGUGUCAACCUUAUUCUGGUACAUGUUGUUACUCUGGUGUUUGGAUAAGAUGGCCCUCUGGUGGACGGAUUGUCCUUGGGUUCUUUCAAAGGAUGUGAUCCAGUGAUAACCAUAGGUCAGCCAGUUUUAUCAAUU